AUGGCGAUGUUAAGGGAAACAGUCGUGCACUUAGCUAUCGCCCAUGGCUCAGAAGAUAUUGUUGAGGAACUCGUAAAAAUAAUUGAUGAUAACAAAGACCGGUUCAAGAAUGUUCUACAAUAUAAAAACGAUCAAGGGGAUACCCCUUUGCAUGUGGCAGCAUCAACAGGGAGUCUGAGUACGUGUGUCUGCAUUGCUGAAGCUGAUCCAUCAAUGGGGAAUGAACGUAACAAGGAGGGUAAGAGCCCUCUCUUCUUGGCUGCUCUGCUUGGUAGAACAGAGAUUUUCUUUCACCUCCAUUCCAUCUGUGAAAGCCACCUAGACACAUCCUACUAUAGAAAAGAAGAUGAUUUGGCAUAUCGGAUACUUCUCCUACACGGAGAACUUGCUACUUGUGUGGAUGAGAAUGGAAUAUUGCCGAUCCAUCUCUUAGCAGAGAAGCCUUCUGCCUUCCGAAGUGGUUGCCACCUUGGAUGGGCUAUUGUGUCGGAGUAUGAUAUACAUCCACAGGAAGAGAAAGAGACACCCAUAUUGUCUGCGGCAGAAAAUGGAAUCAAAGAAAUGGUUAUCGGAAUACUACACAAGUUUCCAAUGGCUAUCCAUGACGAAACGAGAGAUGGAAAAAAUAUAGUACUGUUGGCAGCCAACGCCCUCCACCUUGCAGCUGAACUAGAAGAGCGGAAGUCGGGCCUAAUUCCUGGGGCUGCAUUGCAAAUGCAAUGGGAGAUUAAGUGGUAUGAGCACAUAAUGAACUCCAUGCCACAAGGCUUCCUUCAUCUCUCCAACAAUGCAGGCAAAACUCCAGGGGAGAUCUUCAUGGAAAAACAUAAGACCCUUGUGAAAAAGGGUGGGAAGUGGCUAAUUGAAACAUCAAAUGCAUGCUCAAUUGUAGCAGGUCUCUUUGUCACAGUUGCCUUUAACAUGUCAACCACGGUGCCUGGUGAUGUGGAUGACAACGGCUAUCCCCGCCUCGAAAAAGAGUUGGCAUUUAAUAUGUUCGCCAUCUCAUCCUAUGUAUCCUUCUAUUCUUCACUGUUAGCGGUCAUCAUGUUCCUUGCAAUCCUCACCUCCGGCUACAAAGAAAGCAGUUUUCGUAGUACCCUACCAAUGAAGCUUUUGUUGGCUUUAACAGCGUUCUACGUGUCUAUAGCAUCUACCGCAAUAUGUUUUUCUGCAGCACACUUCUUCAUUCUAAGAUAA